UGAACCUGUGUUAUUUGCACUACAAGGGAACACUGCAGAAUAAGGAGCAUUACCUCAGACAACAUGUCCUUCUCUGGAGGCCUGGCCAUUGUUGGGGGGUUUACUGUUUUUUUCCACCUGUUGAAACUGACAUGGAGAUGUUGGUGUGGAUUCAAAGCAUUUGUGCUAUCAGAGGUUUGGCAAGUGGAUUUAAAGAUUUACGGGCAAUGGGCAGUCGUCACAGGUGCCACAUCUGGGAUCGGCAAGGCCUAUGCCCAUGAGCUGGCCCAAAGAGGCCUCGAUGUUGUUCUGAUAAGCAGAUCCAACGAUAAACUUGAAAUGGCUGCCAAGGAGAUUGAGACUAAAUAUGGAAGGAAAGUCCGCACCAUCCAGACAGACUUCACACACGGCCACAGCAUCUAUCCUGCUAUAGCUGAAGGACUAAAGGGCCUGGAAAUAGGAGUCCUAGUCAACAAUGUCGGAAUGGCCUAUUCUGAAAAUUUUGAUUAUUUCCUGGAGGUACCAAAUUCUGAAGAGAAAAUCACUCAUGUUAUCAACUGCAACAUGCUCUCUGUCGCCCAGAUGACCAGACUGGUUCUCCCUGACAUGGUUGAAAGGGGGACUGGGCUGAUCAUAAAUAUAGCCUCUGGGGUGGGUGUCCGGCCACAGCCUUUGUUGACUCUUUAUUCUGCCACCAAGAGUUUCGUCACAUAUUUCUCUCAGGGUCUACAUGCCGAGUACAAGUCAAGGGGAAUUACUGUUCAGUGUGUGUCGCCCCUCAUUGUGUCCACCAACAUGACCUACCACAUCCAACAUUCAACAAUGAAUCGCUUUAUGAAGAGCGCUCCGGACUUUGCCCGCGAGGCCUUAAAUACAGUGGGUCACUCCAGCUACACCAGCGGCUGUCUCUCUCAUGCACUUCAGAGCGUUGCUCUCACAACACUGCUGCCAGACUGGUUUCGAUUGUCAUCAUUCUGUAUCAGAAAAAUGGAAGAUUUUGCAAAAUUGUCCAAGAAGCCCCUGAAGACUGAAAAGCUGAAAGGAAAGGAUGACUAAGCUGUAGGGGACAUCAUCACAGAGGCUGGUGUAAACUAAGACCUGAGCUUAUAGGUUACUGGUGGUAAGGGAAUGGACAUGAACUGUCAGAGAUCACAGAUCUGUAAAGUUUCUAUCCUUACUGUAUGUACCUUAAUGUAUGCAAAGAUACACUAACCAUGUAAAUACUAUUGUAAUAUUUUACUUUUUUGGUAUCAUGCACAGUUAGGGAAUGCACUGUAACCCAUAAAGAAACACAUAUAUUGAGCCAAUUUGUUGAGGCUUUUAAUAAGGUCCAAGGAUCCUGCUAGUUUAAUUUAGAAGCAAGCCACCAUCAUGCUUACUAUAGCAUCAGCUGACUUUUAUAGUGUAGCU